UUCAUUCUCCAUCAACAAACAAACCCUAAAAUCUCUUCCUUCUCAAAUAAUCACUAUUUUCAUAAUCACUUUUUUCUCUCAAUUUCAAUUUCCUAAAACCAAACAUGCCUGCUUUUCCAGAAGAACCACUUCUCGCACCAAACCCAGACCGAUUCUGCAUGUUCCCAAUCCAAUACCCAAAAAUCUGGGAAAUGUACAAAAAAGCCGAAGCCUCAUUCUGGACCGCCGAAGAAGUUGAUCUUUCCUCCGAUCUCAAGCACUGGAACAACCUCACAGACGGCGAACGCCACUUCAUCUCUCACGUUCUUGCCUUCUUCGCCGCCUCAGACGGAAUUGUCCUUGAAAAUCUUGCCGGAAGAUUCAUGAAAGAAGUCCAAAUCUCCGAAGCACGUGCCUUCUAUGGUUUCCAAAUUGCAAUUGAAAACAUCCAUUCUGAGAUGUACUCCCUUCUCAUUGAAACAUAUAUAAGCGAUUCUGCUGAAAAGAAUCGCUUAUUUCAUGCAAUUGAGACAAUUCCAUGUAUCGCGAAAAAGGCUGAUUGGGCAAUGAAAUGGAUUGAUUCAAGCGAUUCUUUUGCUGAAAGAAUCGUUGCAUUUGCUUGUGUAGAAGGAAUUUUCUUCUCCGGAAGCUUUUGCGCGAUUUUCUGGUUGAAAAAGCGCGGUUUAAUGCCAGGGUUAACAUUCUCAAACGAGCUUAUUUCACGUGACGAAGGUCUGCACUGUGAUUUUGCUUGUUUGUUAUACUCACUUCUACAAAAGAAACUAACUUCAGAGCGUGUGAAGGAAAUUGUAUGCAAUGCUGUUGAAAUUGAACGUGAAUUUGUCUGCGAUGCACUUCCUUGCGCGUUGGUUGGGAUGAAUGGUGGAUUGAUGAGUACUUAUAUUGAGUUUGUUGCUGAUAGAUUAUUGGGUGAACUUGGUUGUGAAAAGGUUUAUAAUGUUCAGAAUCCGUUUGAUUGGAUGGAAUUGAUUUCGCUUCAAGGGAAAACAAAUUUCUUUGAGAAGCGCGUUGGGGAGUAUCAGAAAGCUUCUGUUAUGAACAGCUUGAAUGGGAAUGGUGCUGCUGAUUUUUGCUUUAGUUUGGAUGAAGAUUUUUAGAUCAUGAAAGAAAUUAGGGUUAUCUUGAUUAUCUAGUAUAUUUUUAUUAUAUUUUUUUAAAUUUUGAAAUCUUGUUUAAUUAAUAAUUUAGGGUUAUGCUUAUUUGUUUCUGAAACCAUUUUAUAAUGGUUGAGUUCUUAUGCAUUCUUAGGUUUAUUCUUUUAUGAUUAUGGUCAAUGUAUAAAUGCAGUUUCAAAUUUUAA